CUGCGCUGCUCUCAUGAUGGUGCCACUGGAGAGCAAUGAACACACAAUGUACACAACAUUACACAGGCCAUUAUAACACAGGUAAAUACAUGUCUUUGUCUAUUAAUGCUGAAAUGACAGAAGCACUUGAACUGAUGACUGGAGCGUCAAUACUCAGCUGCACUAAAAGCAAGCACAUUGGCACAAACCCAGGACUGAGCUCCUCUGUCAGGAUCAUGGGAGAGAAUUGUCCUCUCACAGAGACAGACAUGCUCUUUGAAGAUGAAGAAGAGGACGUCGACAAACUGGCCAGAGAGGAGGAAGAUGAAGACAAGUUGGCCAACUUUGACAAAGACGAUGGCAUAAUUUCGGGACCCUCGUCUUCCUCGAGAAGGAUUUAUGAUCGCACCACCGUGCUCAUCGAGCAAGACCCCAUCCGAUUGGACGAGGAAGGAGAGGAGGAUGGGAUGACCUUCUUGCAGGACGGCGAGGGGGAUGAGGGUUCCCUGGCCUUCAUGGCUGACCCGGAUGGCAUGUCGCAGGGCUACAUUCACCACACCAUCUCACCAGACCAGAUCCAGUUCAUCAUUAACCCGGGCUCCACCCCUAUGCCACGAAACAUUGAGGGGGCCACACUGACGCUACACUCCGAGUGCCCAGAGACCAAGCAGAGAGAGGUGAAACGCUACCAAUGCAUGUUUGAGGGCUGUACGCGCACGUACAGCACGGCGGGCAACCUGCGCACGCAUCAGAAGACGCACCGCGGUGAAUACACAUUUGUGUGCAAUCAGCAGGGGUGCGGCAAAGCCUUUCUCACGUCCUACAGCCUGAAGAUCCAUGUCCGGGUCCACACGAAAGAGAAACCCUUUGAGUGUGAUGUUCAGGGCUGUGAGAAAGCCUUCAACACACUCUACAGACUGAAAGCACACCAGAGGCUGCACACUGGGAAGACGUUUAACUGUGAAUCAGAGGGAUGCACUAAAUACUUUACCACACUCAGUGACCUGAGGAAGCACAUCCGCACACACACAGGAGAAAAACCAUUCCGGUGUGAUCACGAUGGCUGUGGUAAGGCUUUCGCUGCUAGUCAUCACCUGAAAACACAUGUACGGACACACACUGGAGACAAGAGUUUGCAUGUAUAUGAUGGAAGCACCUUCUCUUCAGCUCAUCUCUCGCUCUCUGUUCCAGGAGAGAAGCCGUUCUUUUGUCCGAGUGACGGCUGUGAGAAGACCUUCAGCUCUCAGUACAGUCUGAAGAGUCACAUUCGUGGUCAUGAUAAAGGUGCACCCUUCACAGUGAGUCACGGACUCUCAGAGGAUGCGAACCACUCACUGUGCCUCAGUGAUUUGAGCCUCAUAUCCACAGACUCUGAACUCCAGGAGAACCACAACUCUCAGAAACUGGAUCUGAACAGCGCCACUCCCAUACGGAUCUUUGAGCUGAUGUUCCAGAGUCCAGAAAACAGUGUCAGCCAAGACGACCCAGAACCUACUGAUAACCUUGUGGAGUCGUUUGGCCUUGAACCGUCACCUCAGCCCCCUCCAUCUACCUCUUCCUCCUCCUGCUCCAUCACAACCCCUGUUUUGGAGGUUCCGGCUCUGCCUACAACAAUCCCCUCACAGCCAGCUCUGCCUUCCGCUGUCAGCAGCUCAUUACUUACCCCGCCUUUCCCCUCGGACCCGCCCAUCUCAUCACACUCACCAGAAGUACCCGCUUCAUCUGCACACUCUGUUGCCCAGCACUAUGUGGCAUUGCCCCCCUCGACUCGGCCGGUGCCCCCGCCAAGUGCGCCUAGUGUCUCCUGCACGGCGGCCGUGACGACAGAAGUGAUGGCGGCAGAAACGCACACAGUGCCUUUGGCUCCUCCUCCUCCUCCCACCAUCGCACCAACGCUUGGCCUGCAGCCCAGCAUUGUCAUGUCUGAUCACAACCUGCAGUGGAUCCUCAGCAGUGCCGCCCAAGCACAGCAGAACCCUGAACAACAGGGUCCAAAAGUCGAAAAGGUUUUUUUUACAACAGCUAUACCAGUCGGCGGACAUUCAGGGAACGCAGUGCAGCAGAUCGGUCUCAGCCUGCCAGUUAUAAUCAUAAAGCAGGAGGAGUCGUGCCAGUGUCAUUGUGCAUGCAGAGACUCAGCGAAAGACAAGAGUGCUGCCUCCUCACUGCAGGAGUCAAAGAACACAUCGCCUCCUCCUGCUCCCCCACCUCCUCCUCCUCCUCCCCAAAUCCUCCCCGAACCCACUCGCUCCUGCUGCCCAUCAGAAAAAAAGAGCCCCGUUAUACCCCACGCAGAGCCCCAGCCGGACAUCCUGUCUGCUCCGGUCACCCCCAAUCCCACCACUGAUGGCCUGGCCAACAUGGACGUGACAGAUCUGCUCAGCCCAGACACCACGGCCAACAUAGAAGCCCUGCUUAUGGUCGCAGACGAGUUCUCCUUGGGCAGCAACAACGCCCCCUAGAUUAUGCUGAGGUUCAGGCAGUGUACGGAUGUGCAGAUCACACUUGUAACCCUGCUAAAGACUUGCGCAUCUCCCUAGGCGUGUCUUUAAGAGGCUUAUUCUGCCAUACAAUGGCAAAAUGCAGUAACUACUGCAACACUAAAACUGAAAAUAAGGAAUUUAAAGUUUUUUGAUUGCCACUCACUCUGUUUUUCUGAAAAUGAGCCUAGUUGAGCCAAACCCAUCCAUCACAGGACUGAUCAUAAUUUAAGAGACCAGAUUUCAGUCAUGAAUCAGUUUUGACAAAAUGUGUAGUUACUGUGUUUUACCUUUGCAGGGCAGUUAAGUAUGCAAGUGGAUUUGCGUCCUUGAUCACAGAGCGCAGUGGAUUUGCAGGCAGGGCAGUUUAGGGUGAAGUUGUGGAGUGGGAUUACACCCAAGUUGCUUCCCAUACUGCAUUGCACGAAGCCCCUUAGUGGACAGGGAGGGAAUUUAUUUUCUGAAAUAGUUUGCGUUCCGUCGCAGUAGAGUUUUGUGUCCUCUUAGCAAUAGUUUUGCAUUCCCUUGCAAUACCUUUAUCCAUCCCUUAUAAAAAUGUACCAUGGUUUCACUACAGUAACCAUAUUGUAACCAUUAAUUUCAUAGUAAACCCGUAUAAUAAUACAGAGAAAUCAGAACUUUGGUAAUAAAAAUCCUAAUCGAUUUCCUAAAGGGAAUUGUGAGGGAACGCAAACCUCUUUUUAGAAAAAAAAUUCCGCCCCUGUCCUCUAAAGCACUCUGUAACAUGAGUCUUGGGGUAGAAUUAUUUAAAUGUAAAUGAUUUCGGAAGGAAGGUGUGCACUGGUUACUAUGAAAUGGAUCCACAUUUGCUUAUAGAGAUUUAUCAGAAAACAGAAAGAGUUUUUUGCCCGGUCGCUUGCUGUGCUUGAGUUUAUAACUUGAAUUCCAAGAGAUUGAUGGGAAUGUACUGCAUUCUUUCAACACAGUUUGUGGGCAAUGAAGUCAUCUACACAUUAAAAGUAUUUUAUGUGUAAUUUAUUAGAAAGGCUACAAUAGUCAUGAUAAUGUGAUUUUGAGAUAUUUUAUUUUACAGUUUGUCACUCUAGAACUGAACUUUACUUGCCUUUUAAAUGUAAUUUAGAGGUUUGUUUGGCUGCCUAAGACUUAGUAUUUAAUAUUAUAUAUGUUAAUUUAUUAAAAUACUUAAUUGUUUGAUAAAUGUAGAUCUUUUUCCCCACUUUUCACUUAUUUUUUAUUUUAUUUUAUUUUUUAUUUUUUUCUCUGCAACCUAAGUAAGAUCAAAACUAUCUUUUUCUUUGAAUCUCACAAAGCCUGCCAAUUUUGGUCUUAUUUCACCCCAAAAUAAUAAUAACAAUAAAACAAUAAAAAUUAUAUAUUUUGCUUAAAGAAAUGUAAACCUUUUUUGUUUUUGUGAAUUAAGCACAUUUUUCAAUUGCAUUCUCAAUAUUAUUCUCAAUUCUGUAAUGCAAAAUAUAUAUAUAUAUAGUACUUAAAUCAUAAAUUAUUUAUAGAUCAUAGAAGUAUUUACUGCUUGGGAAAGCUUAAUAUAUACAAAAAUCUUAAUAAUGAUUUAAAAAGACUUAGGGUUAGGAAAACUAUUUGUACCCUUUUUGAUUUAAUGGUUAAAAUGUUCGAUUUUUUUCUUGAGAUUCACCCUUGCAUAUUCUCUGAUGGAAUCAGCCAAUCAAACACUGACAUCUUCCUUUUGCCUUUGUGAUGGGCAUGUGGUUGGGCUUCUUUUCCUGCCUCUCAUUGUUUGUUACAGAUCUGUAUGUUUCUUGCCUUUAUUUUCCAUCUCCUGCACUUUUUCUUAAUGGAACCCAUGUGAGCCUCUGUGUUGUGACCCACUCAGGGAUAAAAGAACCAAGCAGUGGUUCAUUCUUAAGAUGGUUUGUGUGUGUGUGUGUGUCUGCUUAUAUGGGUUCCUGACUACACAACUAAACCAGAGCUGACCUGUUGUUUUUAAUAUGCUUGUAGUGCACUACCCAGCCACAGUUCAGCCAACCCAGCGAAUGCAUAAUUACCUGCGUUCGUUAGCCCCUCAUUUAUAUACCACUGCUUUAUAGAGGCUAUAAGGAGCUAACCAUAAUGUAAAUAUAUAGUACAUUUGAAAAGAUAAAUGUUUAAGCCUUUAGAUUGUAUUUGAAUUUGUAUUUUUGUAUAGAACAAUGAAAAAUCAGACUUUGCGUGUAAGAUGAGAGAUGUGACUCUGCACAGCCUUUUACUGACACUAGUGUAUCUCUUAUGUAGUACUGUUCACAUGUAUGUAGUUCUCCACACUUAAGGGUAGAUGUUGAAUCUCAUGAAAACUGUGCGAGUCAUAUUUUACCUAAAAAUAUAAUGCUAAAGUUAUUUUAUUUAAAUUGUGAAGUAUUUGUACAUCAUGGUAGUAUUUAUUGAACUAAAUUGAAUUUAGGAUGAUUUUUUUAUUUUAUUUAAUGUAUGAUUUCUUUAAUUGUAAUGUUAAAAGUAAUGUCGCAAGGCAUAAAAUAUUGCCGUAACUUUCAAAUAAUGUGGAAAAUAAGGUUGUGAUGCAUUCAGUUAUUGAGUAAUGUCGAAGGUAAUAUCGCGAUGCAUAAAAUAUUGCCACAAUUAUUAAGUAAUACAUUAAUUAUUACUUAAAUUGAGUAAUGUUGAAAAUAAUGUAGCAAUGCAUAAAAUAUUAUCAUAAUUAAUGUGGAAAAUGUGGCAAUGCAUAAAAUAUUACCGUAAUUAUUGAGUAAUGUGGAAAAUGUGGCAAUGCAUAAAAUAUUUCCAUAAUUAUCAAGGUAUGUGGCAUUGCAUAAAAUAUUACCGUAAUUAUUGAGUAAUGUGGAAAAUAAUGUGGCAAUGCACAAAAUAUUACCGUAAUUAUCAAGGUAUGUGACAAUGCAUAAAAUAUUACCAUAAUUAUCAAGGUAUGUGGCAUUGCAUAAAAUAUUACCAUAAUUAUCAAGGUAUGUGGCAUUGCAUAAAAUAUGACCAUAAUUAUUGAGUAAUGUGGGAAAUAAUGUGGCAAUGCACAAAAUAUUACCGUAAUUAUCAAGGUAUGUGACAAUGCAUAAAAUAUUACCGUAAUUAUCAAGGUAUGUGGCAUUGCAUAAAAUAUGACCAUAAUUAUUGAGUAAUGUGGGAAAUAAUGUGGCAAUGCAUAAAAUAUUACCGUAAUUAUCAAGCAGUGUCGUAAUGCAUAAAACAUUGCCGUAAUUAUCAAGUAAUGUCAAAAGCAAUUACACAAUGCUUAACAAAUCACUGUAAUAAUCAAAUAACGUUGAAAGCAAUGAUACAAUGCAUAAAAUGUACAUUUUUCUAAAUUAGAAAUUAUUUUUAAUAAACAAAAUGUUUCUAUUAAUAAUGUCAAUAGCUAUUUUAUUUAUUUUAUUAUUAUUAUCAUUUUCAUUUUGGGGUAAAAUAUGACCCCGACAUUUCUUCGUGAGGUUCACUGAAAUUGACUCAUUUAGGACAAAAACUGCCUUACAACCAUUCAGUCAGAAAGUCAUAGAGUUCUUUCAUCUCAGAUAUGUAUGUAUUUGAUUUUCCACAUCAUUUUAUGUUCCUCACUGUUUCAGAUAUCUCUUACAAUGGACUAGAAAAGAAUAUUUUUAUUUGGCUAGAUAUAAAGAGAGCAUUUGUCCUGUCCGGUGCCAAGUAAAACAUGACUUGUCUUUGUUCAUUAGUGAAGCCCUCACUCAUGGUACGUUACUUCAGUAGGUCAUCAUAUAAUCUGUGUAUAUCUCUCCCUCAAAUUUUCAUAAUCAUUUUGUUUCAUAAUUACAGCUGAAUGUAUGUUGAUCACUUGUGUGCAGAACAUUUCAUUUUCAUCCACUACAUUUGGAUGCACAAAUUAACUAAUGAACUGUUCAUUUUUAAUGAGAUGGCACUUACUGUGGGGGCCAGAUGAUAUAUAUAUAUAUAUAUAAAAUCAAAACAUUUAAAACUUUUUUUUUUUCACAUUUCAUGUAGUUCGGACACGUUCCAUGAUGUAAGAGGAGUUUAGUUUUGAAGCCAGUUUUUAUUCAACACCUAAACUUCACUUCAUAAAAACAAGUAACUAUGCAAUGUAUCGUAGAGCAUCCAAUCAGCUAAGCUUCACCUCCCUCUGUUCAUGUUCACAGGCAAAUUAUCAAGCAUCAGGAUUCAGUGUUUAUAUUUUUAUCAUAUGCAAGUCAUAGAACAAAACAGUUGUGUCCCACUGCAAUGAAUAUUUAAUGUAAUAUUAACAAGCCUUUUUUGCUUUUUACCUUAAGUCUGUUUUGUAUGCUCGCCCAUUAUUUUGAUGCAUGUACAGUUAUGUUUGAUGUGAUUUAAUAAUGUGUUGUUUCACUUUGUAGCUGGGCAUUGCAAUGUUGUGUAUUUUCCUGUUGAAAAUACUGCCUCAACUUUUUAAAUUGACCCCAUUUAGGUUUUGUCUACUUAUGUCAUGCACGGAUUUAAAAUCUUGCGUUUGUUACAACAUUGGUAAAAUUCGCUUGAAAGACGUUUUUGCUUAGACCUGCACAGAUUUUUAUUCUUGCUCAAGAGCAGCUUUUGUUCAUGCAAAAUCCAUUUUGGGUCUUUCCAUGUUUAUUUCCAGUCAUUCCACCUUUCUCAGGUGCCAUUUUCAUUAUCAUUCUAUAAAGUUUGUAAUUCA